UCAUAGGAAUCAGUGGGGACUCCAGAGUUGUCCCAUCUUGAAUGUUAGCAUGCCAGAAUUUUGUCAAUCUUUUUCUGGACAGAGUCUUCCCUCCGGAGAGGUUCAGAAGACGCCUCUUGAUAGUAGUUUUUCUACAAAACGUUGGUAUGGAAAUCUGGUCUUACAAAAUCUUAAGCGAUCAGGAGGAAUUGCUUUAUUAAGUGAAGCAGUCUCUAUUCCUUAUGGUCCUAUAGCUGUUGCUAUUCCAAUUGUCCCAACCAUUCGCGUCCUUGUUACUUUUACAAAGUUUGAGGAGCUUCAGCCAGCGGAGGAGUUCUCAACUCCUCUUUCCAGCCCUGCACAUUUCCAAGAUGCCAAGUCUAAGGACUCAGAAGGGUCCACAUCGUGGAUUUCAUGGAUGAGAGGAAGCCGUGGUGGGCAAUCAAGCGAUGGUGAAAGUCGCAGCUUCAGGGAUGAGAUUGACCCGUUCCUCAUACCAUUAGAUUAUGCUUGGGUUGAUGCAAAUGAGAAAAAACGUCGGAUGAAAGCCAAGAGAGCAAAGAGCAAGAAACAUAAAAAACAAGCGGCUGCCAGAAAUCCGGAUGGUAGCCGUCAGGUGAGUGAGGAUAUGGAAGAAUAGGGGCACAAAAAAUUCUUAUCGGUACAAUGCUCCUUCUGGAUCUUGUACAAGAAGAGGGGGUGUAAAGCCCAUACCUUGCAUGUAUGGCUUCUAUCAUUCAUUCGGGUGUGGUAGAAUGGUUGGUUCAUGUGAAAUUAUUAGGAGAUUGCUUCUUGUUGCUGAAGAAGAUCCUAGCUUCUUCAUUGUCGUAGUAUUAUUAUGUGAUGUGAAAUUGGUGAGCAACAGAAUCUCCUUUUUGUUUUUUCUUCAAAGCUUGUUUCUGAGCUAAUUCUUAUUAUAUAACUAUUAUUAAUGAUUCAAUAUUGUUUAAAAUCAAAA